AUCUCAGAUCUUCCACAGCACCCAGCAACUCUCAAGACUGAGGAGCCACAUAGUAGCAGUGAGAUUGCACAGGAAUUUCUCAGUGGAAAAAGUCACCAUCAUUGGGAUGAAUGGGAAAGAGCUGCCAGCAGCAACCAGAAAGUUGAUCAACAUCAGGGCGUCUGCUCUGGAGAAGUGAAUUAUGAGUGUAACAAAUGUGGAAAAUGUUUUAGAUGCAUCAUGAACCUCAAUCAAAAUAGGAAAAUUCACACUGGAGAAAAUCCCUAUGAAUGUACUGAUUUUGAGAAGUUCUUUAGACAAAGCUCUAUCCUCACUCAGCACCACAGAGUUGACACUAGAGAAAAACCGUGUGAGUGUAGUGAAUGUGAGGAAUCUUUUAGCUGCAAAACGAGCUUGGUUACACACCAGAAAGUUCACAUUGGAGAAAAGCCCGCCGAGUGUGGUGAUUGUGGGAAAUCUUUUAGGUCCAAUAGUCAACUUCAUAAACACAAGAAAGUUCAUACUGGAGAGAAGCCAUAUGAGUGUACAAAUUGUGGGAAGUCCUUUAGGUGUAGCUUUAACCUAGUUCAACAUAAGAAAAUUCACACUGGAGAAAAGCCGUAUGAAUGUAGUGACUGUGGAAAAUCCUUUAGUCGAAAUGCUCACCUCCUUAAUCACAAGAGAGUUCAUACUGGAGAGAAGCCUUAUGAGUGUACAGAUUGUGGGAAGUCCUUCAGUCGUAGCUCAAGCCUCAUUCAACAUCAGAGAGUUCAUUCUGGAGAAAAGCCAUAUGAGUGUAGUGAUUGUGGAAAAUCUUUUAGGUUCAUUAGUUACCUUUAUAUCCACAAGAGAGUUCAUACUGGAGAGAGGCCAUAUGCAUGUGAUUAUUGUGGGAAGGCUUUCAUUAAUAGGUCUACCCUCAUUCUCCACCACAGAGUUCACACUGGAGACAAGCCUUAUGAGUGUAGUGAAUGUGGGAAGUCCUUCAGUGAAAGAUCUGGCUUAAAUAAGCACCACAGAAUUCACACUGGAGAAAAGCCCUAUGAGUGUAGUGAUUGUGGGAAAUGUUUUAGGUCCAAUACUCACCUUCAUAUCCACAAGAGGGUUCAUACUGGAGAAAAGCCAUAUGAGUGUACAGAUUGUGGGAAGUCCUUCAGUCAUAACUCUACCCUCAUUAAGCAUCAGCGAGUUCACACUGGAGAAAAGCCAUACGAGUGUAGUGAUUGUGGGAAAUCUUUUAGGUUCAGUAGUUACCUUCAUAUCCACAAGAGAGUUCAUACUGGAGAGAGGCCAUAUGAGUGUGGUGAUUGUGGGAAAGCUUUCAUUGAUAGGUCUAUCCUCAUUCGCCACCACAGAGUUCAUACUGGAGACAAGCCUUAUGAGUGUAGUAAAUGUGGGAAGUCCUUCAGUGAAAUAUCUGGCUUAAAUAAGCACCACAGAAUUCACACUGGAGAAAAACCAUAUGAGUGUACAGAUUGUGGGAAGUCAUUCAGUCGAAGCUCUACUCUUACUCAACACCAAAGAGUUCACAGUGGAGAGAAGCCUUAAUUGUGCAUGUAAUGUGUUAUUUUUCUCACUUAGAAUAACAUCACUGAAGGUGAUUCCUUGGGACCUAUUUAUCUGAAUAUAAACCCCUUUUAAGAGAACAUACACUCUGCUAGAUUCCUCAUAAGUUUCAGGUGUGAGGCUUGAAGGACCUCCAUUGCACUAGCUAACAUGCCCAGACCUACUACCGGAUUGAUAUCGCAAUGAGUAUUUGUGGCUGAAGAGAUUUCACCUCUGACACCUGGCUCACCUGAAAAGUGUGCACCCAUCACCACCAUGUAUGCUCAGGGGAAAUGUAUUCUAUGUUGUCUCUUGUGCUUGAAAAAAUUAUGAUUACUCUGAGCUCUUGACAGGAUCUUCAUUCCUUUAUCUCUGACUAGAAAAUGAAACUGACCCAGGGGUCAUCCAGAGCACCAAUUCUCAGCUACGAAGUGUGAUCUUUUUCAGGAACAUGGUUCUCACAUUAUGCUGUAAUGAAUUGCUUCAGCUUCUAAGUCACUCUACUGCAAUCUGCUUAGUGUCCUCUCUUUUGGUUUAUGAUACUUAUGUUUUGUUUUGUUUUUUUCUUUUGUACCUAUAAUUUUGAUCGUUCUAUUGACUCCCUGGGCUGAUUUGAAAGGAAAGUUGUGAUCUUUCAGCAUGGAGAUUGUCAGGUCCAGCCUGACGGGUUGAACUGGGCUGAGGUAGGGAGGUGGGAUUUGAGAAAAGAAAGAAAGACAGGACAGCGGGAUUCGGGAGGUCCACGAGCUCUCGAGAAGCUGUGGCGUGUUUAUUAACUCUCUAAUACCUUUUAUACACAAAACACUAAAUAAGAGGUCUGUGAAGAGGAAUGUACUCUUUGUUCAUCUUAAUCUCUAAGGGAGAGAUAGAGUAGAAGGACAAAUUCUUGGUACAGUAAAUCAGGCAGAUUCUCAGUAAAUAGUUACAGACUUCUUGGCAAGCCAUGAAAGAGUUGCUCUCAUUCUACUGAUAACCGCCAUCCAAACAGGCCUGGGAAAACUGUGUAGGUAGGGGGCCAGGUUUGCUAGCCCCUUCAGGUGCAAGGACAGUGUCAGUUUACACCUGGUCUCCAGCAGAUCCCCCUUUUCUAUUUAAUUUUAAGAUACUAAUAUUAAAACAAUUGCAAACAAUGCCAAUGCAAAACUAAACUAUAUACAUGUUAUUAUUUUCAAAACUUGAAUGUUAAGAGAAAAACUCUGGUAUUAAACAAUAACAAAACAAUAAGAGAAAUCAAAACUAUGGACAUAUUAACAUUUUUAGCUACUAAAUGAAAGAAAGUCUCUUUUGCUGCUGGUGUCCCUGGUGUAUAUUUACUUAGAGUCUUUUGUUUGGCUGUGCAAAACUUUGCAGAAGACUGGCAGCUAACAGAUGCUAGCAUGAGCAGGAACAUGGUUGAAGAAGUAGCUUCAACUUCUUGCUUUUCUACAAUCUGCUGCACUUCAGUCAUUAACUUCUUCAGAUGACUCUAUGUUGACACCUCAGUCCCUUGCGUAGUUUUUAGUUUUCUUCUUCCUCUGCUUUGCUGUUAUUAGGGUAGUACUUAGUCCUUUUGAGUGAAGGGACACAGGAGCUUGUCUGAGUCCAUUGUGCUGAUCCAUGUAACGCUCUGGUACCCGAAUUGGCUGCAUUGCUCCUUCUGGAAAGAUAUAAAACACAACUUCUUCCCCACAUUAUCACUGAAUCUGAUAUAACUUUUUUCUGGUUUAUGUUUCCGUCCACCUAGUUGACUUGGUGGAGGCUAUUGUACAGGAGGCCUGAUGCCUUUCACCUGCUGUACAAUCCUCUGUAUCAUAGUUCAAAAUAUUUUUAAAGUUUAGAAAGCAUGACUGAGCUUCUGUUGAGGUGACUCAUAACAUCUGUCUCUCCCUUUUCUGUUUUUUAGUAAAUGAUAUUAAGAGUAUGAUUGGUUCUUUCUAUAAUUGAGUGAUACUUUGUUAGAUUCGAUUAGGUUUAAAUCCUCGGGGAUAUACCCCUAAAGUUGGUACAGGAAGGUGGAUAAUAUACUGAGAACAUUGCUUCUAAUAAAAUAUGGAAAUUGUCGUUCUCAAAUAAUAUUUUAAAGACUGAAAAUUGAAUGAAAAAUUCCUUUGAAUUAGUGUGCCCUAUAGUAGCUGUUUUAAUAAUUUUUGCUAUACUUACUAUAUAAGUACUAUUACUAUUAAGGCAUAAAUAAGAGCUUGUAUUUCUACUGAAAUAUAAGGGGUUUGAAGGACCUUUGUUUUUUGCUGUAGUAGAUCUAGCCUUUCUAGAAUUGGAUUUACUUGUAAAAAUGGUUAAUGCUUGAGGUAAUGAUUCUUUUAAUGUGGUAGUUAAUACUAUUCCCUAUGUUAGAAAUAAAGUAAGCCCGUAACCCAGGGUUCCCGGUAGAAUAUAAAAUAUUAAACAUUUUGACUUUUAUGUAGAAGGGUGUGUACACAUGAUCUGGAAGUACAUAUACUGACCUUCCUUGUCCUUGGUCCUGGGCAACCUGUAGCAAUGUACAGCUGCUGAUUGCUAGUAUGGCAAGGCAUCUUUACUGUAUUUAUUUCUGGACUGUUUUACCUUUGUUCUCGUGGGCUACUGCCCACUCUGUGGCUGGAACAGUUCUAUCAGGUCCUCUUUGGGAUCCGUUGUUAUAAGAAUCUAUAUGGGCUUUUCUGGAAAUAUAUAAACAUAUUCUCGACCAAAGGUUAAUAAAGAAAUAUUUUCUGCCGAAACCGGUUUGGCUCAGUGGAUAGAGCGUCGGCCUGCGGAUUCAAGGGUCCCAGGUUCGAUUCCGGUCAAGGGCAUGUACCUUGGUUGCGGGCACAUCCCCAGUAGGGGGUGUGCUAGAGGCAGCUGAUCGAUGUUUCUCUCUCAUCGAUGUUUCUAACUCUCUAUCCCUCUAUCUUCCUCUCUGUAAAAAAUCAAUAAAAUAUAUUAAAAAAAAAUAAGCUGUCCUUUAAAAAAAAAAAAGAAAUAUUUUCUAUAAAUUAGA